GUGAUCAUCUUCCUCCUUAAACAAACACAAACAAGGCCCAUCAGCUCUCCGGCUGCUAUCGAAUCCGAAUAUAUCACUUUCACAUGGCAUCGCUUCACCCUUUUCCUACUCCUACGUCUCUCCUGGUGCUCAUGUUCUUGGCUCUUUUCUCUCAAGUAUCUUGUCUCCCCAUCAAUUACACUACGUUUGAAGAUCGUGAUAUGCGAGAUUUCAUACACCACGGCAAUUCAAGAAUAUACUACGGAGCUUUGCAAAUCACCACUGAUACGGGCAAUCGUAAUUACCAACAUUUAAUGAAGAACUCGUCCGGGAGGCUUCUGUAUAAGGACACGAUCAAGCUAUGGAAAAAGAAGAAGAACGGCACGGUCAUUGCAUCCUUCCACUCCACCUUUGCGUUGAAUAUCGUUGGCGAGACGGAAAAUAGCGGACCCCCCGGUGAAGGUUUGGCCUUCAUUCUGACCAGCAAUCCGGAACUCCCGAUGAACAGCCAUGGCCAGUGGCUUGGGAUAGUGAAUUCAAGCUUGAACGGUUCCCCCGCAAAUCGAAUAGUUGCAAUCGAAUUUGAUACUAGGAAAAGCCAUAUGGGCGAUGAAGAUGACAAUCAUGUGGGCAUCAACGUCAACAGCAUAAACUCCAACAUCCAAGUUCCACUAAAAAGAUGGGGUGUUAAUCUCUCCAGCGGAGUGGAUGUGGUCGCUAGCAUUCGAUAUGAUGGAAUAUCAAAAAACAUGACUGUCAAUGUUUCCAUGUUUAACGAUACAACAAGCCACCACAUAAUUACGGAAACCAUGGAUCUAUCAGAACAUCUUCCCGAAGAUGUUUACAUCGGAUUUUCGGGUUCGACCAGUAAUUACACCCAGCUUAACUGUAUAACCAAAUGGAAUUUCUCCAUAGACGAAAUUGCGGGGAAAAAUAAGAUGUGGAUCGUGUGGGUUUUGCUUGGGAUUCUCUUGCCUCUUCUCCUCUGUUGUGGGCUUACAUCUUACCUUUGCUGGAGAAGAAAGAUCAAGAGCGAUGUGAGGCUUCAAGAAUUACUGGGGGUGCUUGAAAACUCCACAAAAGGUCCACACAAGUUCCGGCUCAAGGAUCUCAAAUCCGCGACUGCAAAUUUCCACCCCAAGAACAAGCUCGGUCAAGGCGGGUUCGGAACCGUCUACAAGGGCUUCUUAAAAGGGAUCAAUAAGGAUGUCGCCGUGAAAAGGUUGUCCAAGGACUCGAGCCAAGGCGAACAAGAGUUUGUGGCGGAGGUGAAGACGAUCAGCCGUCUCCGUCACAGGAACCUUGUGCAUUUGAUCGGGUGGUGCUACGAAAGUGGUGAGUUUCUUCUUGUGUAUGAGUACUUGCCUAGAGGAAGCUUAGAUAAGCUCUUAUUUUACAAUGAUAGCUCGGUAGGGACUGAGAUUUUACUGAGUUGGGAUAGAAGGCAUAAGAUGAUUCAAGGAGUUGCAUCCGCUCUGAGCUACCUUCAUGACGGGUGCGACCGGAGGGUGUUGCAUCGCGACGUAAAAUCUAGCAAUGUGAUGCUAGAUAAUGAAUACAAAGCUCGGUUGGGUGAUUUUGGGCUGGCUCGAACUGUUCAAUACGAUGGUGGGACGCACCAUUCCACGAGUGUGAUUGCCGGAACGCCGGGUUAUAUUGCACCGGAGUAUUAUCUCACCGGUAGAGCAAGUGCAGAGACGGAUGUAUAUGGUUUUGGGGUAUUUGCCAUCGAAGUCACAUGCGGCCGGCCACCCGGCAACGACGGCAUCGUGGAUUGGCUGUGGGGGUUGUAUGGGAGAGAGAAGCUGUUGGAUGCAGUAGAUCCUCAGAUGCAUGGAGGUUUUGAAGAGGAGCAGGUGGGCCAUGUGCUUACGUUGGGGUUGGCUUGUUGCCAUCCAAACCCUAAUGAGAGGCCAUCCAUGAGGGUGGUCUUGCAGAUGUUGACCGGUGAAGCUGGCCCGCCAAUUCCACCCAAUGAGAAGCCUGCUUUCAUGUGGCCAGCGGUGGGCCGUCUUCAUGAGGCUGUUGCAAUUUGCAUUGAGGAGCAUUCCAUUGAUUGACGUCUAUUUGAAUCUGAUGUAUUCUUCGCUGUUGUAGGGAUUCGAUACAAUAAUGGUUAUUUAUUUAUUUAUGUAUUUUUUGUUUUGCACGGAAUCUAAAAAGACAUGUAAAUGGGCACAGAAGAUGAAAGGACCUCCUUAUUUUGGCAGGGACACUCAUGAAAGAUCUUGCAUGUUUUAGUUAAUUACCUUUUGUGAAUAGGCCCACCAUAACGUGUGAGUGCUUAAAUAAUAUUGCAUUUCAAAACAUUAUUCUUUUAUAUAUUCGUGCAUCAACUCUAAUUUUUAUGUUUUUUCUAGACAAAAUUACCUUUAAACACCUUCUUCAAAUCCCUAUGUAAUGGCACU